CCUUCGCUUUAGCCUUGAAUUUGGUGGUUUUUGCUUGACGGAAACGACAGGUUGUGGUUCGACCGGGGGACGACGACCAGAUGCGAUGGAUUACUUUUGGUGUUUUUUUUUUGUUUGGCUUCAUCCAACCAUCGUCUAGCGUCCAACGGUUCGCGUAACCAUGGUAGAUUAACAAAUCUCGUCAGCCUACUUACGCGGAGCUACUCUACAAAAGGAAAAAGUCACCACCUAAGAGUUGAACCCAACAUCUGCCUUGAAUAGAAGUAAUCGAUAAGGAGUGUGUCUUGUCGCGAUAAGUGUGCCCCUGGUGCGUGGCAGAUAAGAGACGGCAAAUUCGAAGACAUCUCACCUCGGCGUGUGGUGUGUUGGGGAGGGUUGUGCAUGAGGGUUCGUUUGCUGGUGUGUCUCCGCUGUGAAUCGAUCGGUCGAAAAUUUGGCGAUGAUUUAACAAGCAACCAUUGAUUGUGAAAAGCUGGAACAAUCCCAAAGUGCAUGUGCAAUAAUAAAAGCGUGUGUUUGUUGGCUGUACCGGUGAGAGGCACCGCACGUAAAACGUAAAACCACACAUACUGUAACACAUUGAAAACAUCUCAACCCUUUAAAGAAAGGGUGCUGCAUUGUGCGCCUUGUGUGCGUGUGUCGCUCGAGUGGCAUCGUAGUGGUAGAACAUUCAAAUGCACAACAGUUUUAUUGGUUGCUUGCGAUGGGGACAGCGAAAACCCCUUCGCAUUCGCGCAACCCCAGCAGUCUUGGUUUACUAUGCCUCCUCAGCAUAAAAUAACUUCAACGAUCAAGCAAUAGUAGUCGUCGCCGUUGUCGUCGUGGUCGUCGUGGUCGUCGAUCGUGUUCGUGCUGUUCGAUGGCAUAAAUCAGGACACGAAACGGGAAUCGCGUGGGCGAUACGGUAUUUAGUUGGUCGUGACCGUCGUUGAAGGAGCAAUGCUGUAAUUGUCUCCCACCUCCUCCCACUCUCUCCUCGCCGUUCGAUUGCACAAUCUCUGUGUCCACAGCAGAGAUGAAGUUGUGCCGUGGUAUUGGUACACGACGGCCGUUGGGGUGACACUCAACGACGAAUGGCUCCGCUACUUUUACGUGGAUCCGCUUGGCCGCAGCAAUGCUUUGUUCACAUGAUUUCGUCGCUGAACCUCGCGGCCCCGCGCUGGGUUGUAAUUGUGCAAGAGAUGAAGCACUACGUUGUUGUGACAGGAGAGCAGCAAUCAGCCAGUAGCCAGCAGCCAGCACAACACAGAGCGCAUUCUCUCUUCGCUUCGCUUCUGGGACAGCCUGGGCAUCGUCGUUGUUGACCGGAAGUAGGAGUAGACCGGGAGGGGUGUGCAUAUGUUGAUUAACCCAUCCGCAUCCACCCCUCCUUCCUCGGUCUCGUUAGUCAAUUCGAUGCACUGCGAAGCGAGCAGACGGGGGAAACAUACAAUUAAUGUGUCGCUGUAAACACGCUGGCCAGCCCCACCGUUUUCAGGUCAAACCGAAAUGAGCAUGGGGGGGCCGGCAGAGGAGCAGCUAGCUAGCAGCACACAAAUGCCUUCAAUGCCAGUAACAACAACAACAUCAACAGCCUCACAUGCCAAUAUUGCAUUUGUUAUGCUGUGUGCGCUCCUCUCCGCUUUCUCUAACUAGUCCGGAAGUGCGCAACGUUCAAUUGCGCAUGCAGCAGCAUUAGAGGGAGAGACGAGACUGUACGGCGUACGGUGGAGGGAGGGAAACUGGGAAGCAGCACGAUGCUCCAACGUAGCAGCUGAUUUUGACAACCACGACGAGUUGAACAGAGUAGCCGUAUGGUUUGCUUUCCGCAGCUUCCAUUUGCAAAACAACCACCAGUCGGGUUCGACGAACUUCCGAGCUACUUUGACGGUCAUUUCAUACGGUUGUUCCGGAACAAAAUUACGAUUCGAGACGAGGCGGAAUCGCGCACACCGCAGCAGGGGUGAAGGAGAAGGGCUGUUUUCAUUUCAGAGCAUAGAAUGACAUAUGUUUCCUGGAUCUUAUCGAAGCAACACAACUGUUCCUGCCCCCCCUUUGGAACGACGGGUAGUGGAGACAGAGAAGUCCUUCAAGGAGAGCAGGGCAUGACGCUCGACAUUAAACCAACCUACACGGAUUCACCACCACAACGGACGGUGCAUGUCGGCAUUGCCCGGUGCUGCUGCUGUCUGGGGGGUGGUUUUUGGUAUUCUGUCACGAAGCACAGUGGAGUGGAAGACGCCGUAAUUUAGAAAGUUCAAGGACGACCAUAAUGAACCCACAAAAACCAGACAACCCGCGCCAACGAGAAAGGAAUUGCGACGGCGUCGACGGCGGCGAGACGUUGUGUCGCGAACAUGAAUGACGCGUUUUGCAGCCAUCGACGAGUGUGUGUGUGUGUGUGUUUGAGCAGUGCGAAAGUUGUCUUGAUAAUGAAAUGCGACGUGUUCGCGGAUUAUCAUUGAACCAACCCCAGUGACGGAGCGAGAUCUACUACCGGAAGCUACGAAUGAAAGGACCA